GCUCUAAGAAAAAAUUAAAUAUUUACUUUUUAAUCUGAAUAAAAAAUGAGUGAAUCCUAUGAUAUUAUAUAUGAGGAAUUAGUUAAGAAACAACAUAUUUUAGACAGUCUUAAUUUGUUAAUUUUUAAUGUACUAUUAAUAUUUGCAUUAUUAACUGUAUGGUUAUUCAAACAUCGUCGCAUUCCAUAUUUACAUGAAACUGGUUUAGCCCUUAUUUAUGGUCUGAUAGCUGGCGCCGUUAUAAAAUAUGGAUUAAAACACGGAAAAUUUUCUAGUCAACCCCUCACGGCUCAUGUGGCUCUCAAACAAGUCUCCAAGAAUUAUUCUGCCGAUUUUUUCCCUACCAACCUUCUCUUGUCCCUACACGGCAGCUCCGUUAAUUUUUCCACAUUCGCGUACAAGAUAACCAAUAGAGCCCUAUACGGUCAGGCGAGCAAUAUCAAAUCACUCGAAAAUACCGAGUUAGAAAACAAGUUAACGUUUGACCCAGAGGUAUUUUUCAACGUGCUACUUCCUCCUAUUAUCUUUAAUGCUGGCUACAGUCUUAACAGGGCCAAUUUUUUCAAUAACAUCGGAACUAUCACAACUUUCGCUUUUGUGGGUACGGUCGUUUCCGCUUUCGUGGCUGGGAGCAUAUUUUUUGCUUUGACUCUAAUAUGGCCUUCUUUGGGCUUUAGAUUUAACGAUUGCUUAUUUUUCGGAGCCACCAUCUCAGCCACGGACCCGGUGGCCGUUUUGGCUAUAUUUAGUGAUAGUAAAGUCGAUUCAAACCUUUACUCCUUAGUGUUCGGUGAGAGUGUGCUAAACGACGCGAUAGCCAUGGUGCUUGCUCUCACUAUAGAUAAAUACGUUGGGAGCGGCGGCGGAUCCAAGAUAAACUUCAUCACCUUCUUGAACACCAUUUGGCGUUUUUGCGUUGUUUUUAUGGGGUCACUUUCCAUAGGAUUCUGUAUGGGAUUUAUUACGGCUAUCAUGACUAAGUUCACGAAAAUCAGGGACUUUCCUUUGCUAGAAACCUCCUUAUUUUUCUUAAUGUCCUAUAGUACAUUUCUGAUCGCGGAAGUCUCUCAAUUAUCGGGGAUUGUCGCCGUUUUAUUCGCCGGUAUAUUUCAGGCUCAUUACACUUAUCACAAUUUAUCGAAACAAUCCCAAUACAGAACUAGACAAAUUUACGAACUAAUGAGUUUUCUCAUCGAAAAUUUUAUAUUUUCCUACAUCGGCGUCUCCCUGUUCACGUUUCAAAAUCACAAAUUUCAUAUGGGAUUAAUCGUUUCAGCUUUAAUAGCUAUAUUUAUUUCCCGUUUGUGCAAUAUCUAUCCGCUAUCUUUCUUGCUAAAUUUGGGAAGAAACAGACCUAUUCCUCUAAAUACUCAACACAUGCUCAUGUUUUCGGGUCUCCGAGGGGCUAUGGCUUUUGCUUUAGCCAUCAGAAAUACUUCGACCCCGCAAAGAAGAGCAUUGUACACCACGACGAGCGUUAUAGUCAUAAUAACCGUGCUUUUUUGCGGUAGUCUCACGCCCUCCGCCCUUUCCAUGCUUAAAAUCAAAGUAGGAUCCGGUGCCGAUUCUGUAGAGGAUAACGACAAAAGAAAGAAAUCUGAGAGAGGUAAAAAAUCUUCCAUCCUUCAGAUCCAGAACGAAAACGAUAUCGAUAAAUAUCAAAAAUUUGGUGACCAUGACACUCAAGACGCCAUUAAUAGAAACGUAAAUCAAAUUUUUACCAAUAACCAAUAUUCACAUGAUGCUAUGAACGAGGAAGAUAGGUUAGGAACUUCUAAUACCAAUGUGACCCCAGAUUCGUAUUCUCACAAUUUUUUGGUUCGGACGUGGGGUUAUCUUGAUUAUAAAUUAUUAAAGCCUUUGUUAACACAAACUCAACCAUCUUUGAUGAUUACUUUACCAAAAUUUUGGUACCCCAUCGCUAGAAUAUUUACCACGACUGAACAAAUGAGAAGGCAUAUGGAAUCCCAUCUUAUAAACACAUCUGAAGACACUUCCUAUUACGGUACCACUAAUAUCAAUACAGGCAACUUUAAUAACCCGACCAUUUCUAAAUCGAAUCCCAAUGAAAUCGUGAUAGAGAGUGAUGACCCACCUAUAUUGAAUGUCACCAAUAUCAUUAAUUGAGCAAUAAUUUUUUUUUCUCACGUUUUUAUAAAAUUAUACUCGCAUUAUUUUAAUUAAUUUGACUAAAAAAUUUUUUUU